GGCUGCCUUUGACGGUGGCCGCUCUUUCCAACCUCACGUACGGUGAUGCUUCCUUCCUUGCCUCACACACGCGCGCUUGGAGCUCGACCCUUCUUUCUUCUGCCGGACAUGCUAUGCCUUGCUACUUUCUGGCUGUUUUCUUGACGACCGCAGCAAUCGCCACCAACAUAUCUCCAAUCGUCGCUUCGUCGUCUCUCACUUACGCUUGUCCCCCUGCUCAUCCGUUAUCACGCCUGUCAUGACGCAGAACGCACCUUCCUUUCCGACUUUUCCGUCUCAUCAGCAGAUAGCGCUUGCCCUUGCUAUCGUUCGCAGUAAGCCGGCGGGCAUACAGAUACGAGACUAUAUCCUGCAACUGCGUGCUCAAAUCAGGCCUGGCCCAGACCCGAGGGAACGAGACAAUGCCAAAUGCCACAUUGAUCAGGUCGCCUACUGGAAAGAGCGAUGUCAACAAGCUGAGGACGAAUGCGGCAGGCUUCGGGGCGUCAACAUCAAACUCGAGCGAUCAAACCACCUACUAUCGAACAUCUCCGUCCCUUUUCCAGAUAUUUAUCCAAGCAUGCUCAAAGCGCCGACUGUAUCGCCAAAGAGAUCAAAGCCAUCGAGACAAGCACAGAGACAGUGUCUACAACCGGCCGCUGCUGCCCAGGAGACCAUCCAGAAUGAUAUGGAUUUCUUGAAUGUGCUCGGUAAAGACGGCUCGAACCUCACAGAAGCGUUGUAUACUACACACUCGCUAUGCAGGAGUGACCAGCCGGACACCGACACACUUUGCCACAAUCUAGUGAAAGUUUCUUCGGGUAUCGGCAAGAUCAUAUGCGUAGUCGCUCAGAACUACGAUCAACUGUCGCGUCAAGGGCAAAGGACACUGGAAGCCAUGUCGUUGGAUCAAGACAAAUCCGACUUUGCCAUCGCCCUAUCCGUCUGCGCAAGAGCUUUCAUGUCAUUACUUGUCGGUACAAACAAGCUCAUGGAGGCCAACGCAGACACACGACUCACGAGUUUGAUCGUCUGCGAGGUGGCAGAUAUGUUCAAAGCUGCAUUGCAAUCAAUCGAACUGUCAGCGAGAAAAACAGCGCAAAACUUCUUAUCGCAGCCACCUUCGCCAAAGAAGACCAAAACCAAGACGCCGCCUUCUAUCAUCAAGGAGUCGCCGCCGGCCAGAGCAGUCGCCCACCUGCUGAUUAGUUUCCUGGGGUUCCUUGAGAAAACGGAUCCCGUGCAUCAGAAGAUUUUCGAUGGCUUUAUCUUCGUUUUGUUUGAACGUGUUGGCAAGAGAUUGUAUUACUUCACAUUUGGGCAACACCGCAGUACGUCCAUUGAUGGCAACAUCUUCCCGCCGCUUGAGCCGAGAGAUGAAACGGAGGAAACGAAACAAGAUGCCGAUGCUCUUGGAACCCGCCUUGAGGUCAAAGCUCUUGUCUUGAUACUUGAGCGCGCUAUGGGGCUAGCUCCAAACCAUAUGAACCCUCAGAAUGCUCGCCCAGGCCAGACGUCAAAUCGUCCGGUUCGUACAUUGAGCAUUAAGACUCCCGCCACGAGCACACGGGCUCGGCUAAGCUCGCUGGCAAAAGAUCGCUUGCAGCGAACACUCGUUGCAUGUAUGUAUGGAAACAACACGAAUGAUGAGUUUCUGGACGUUCUCACGAAGCCGUUGCCAGCCAUGCGGCUAAGCGCCUUACAAAAUGUGGCUAAGAUCGACGAUAAAGAUGUGGGGACUUGGUAUAAAGAGGAGAUUUGGCGACUUGUCGGCUGGGAUGUACUGGCCAGAGAGAGCGCAUGGUGAGACUAUCGUAAGGAAUCCGAGAA